AUGAGAGAUCGAAAGCUGAUUUUUAAGGGACUGUGGCUAUGCUCGACGGGGUUGGAACGAGACGUCAAGGAACAAGUACGGAAGAUGAUUGUAGCUUGUGGUGGUCAUUUCCAAGACGAUCUGGACGUGGAAACUACUACCCAUCUCAUUGCCAAUGCUGUAGGCUCUUUGAAACACCGCACUGCUGUAGCUUACGAGCUAAUUGUGGUCUCACCUUGUUGGGUCUUUGAGAGCUUUCGAGCUCAGAAGCUGCUAAAGGUUCAGGACUUUAGUCUCAAGCUGCUCGAAGGAAUGGGUUUGUGCACAUCCGGACUUACAGUCGAAGAGAAGGAGACGGUGGAACAAUUAGCUACAAGUCAUGGAGCUCAAUAUGAUGGACGACUGGAACUGGGGUUCACUAGUGUGCUUAUUGCACAGCAUCCAGAAGGGGCUAAAUAUGAAGCAGCAGUGGCUAAUCAUAUUCCAGUGGUGCAUCUUGGGUGGCUGUAUGCGUGUCUAGAGAGACAGAUCUUGGUAGAAGAGGAAGAAUUUGCAUUGCAAUCGGAAAUGGAUCAGCCGAGCUUGCAGCCGAACAAUAUUGCACUGAAUCAAUGGAAGAAGGCUCAGGAACUUGUAGCAGCAUUGCCCGAGUAUGUGAGAAAAUAUCGUCGUAGACAUCAUGAAGAUUGUAAAGAUCUGGAUGUGAUUGACAAGGAAGACGAUGAGGAAUGGAUGAAUUUGUUCGACGGUUGCGUCUUGUACCUGCUGGGAUUCGCACCACAGAUGAAUUCACUACUUCAGCGGUUGAUACGGACUGGUAUGGGGACAAUUUUCCAUAACGUGGUUGUACGUCAAGUGACGCACGUGGUUGUGAGCGCGUCUCUAUCGGAUAAACAGACUCUCGAUGCAAUCCGCGCUCGCGUGAUUGCUAGUUCUGCUGUGAAAGAGGUGCACUUCGUAUCGGCUAGUUGGCUGCUUGAUUGUGUCACGUGUAUGGACUUACAACCAGAGGCAUUGUAUCCAGUUGAGUUCGAUGUGCAUGUUUUCGAGACUGACCAUCAAACCGGCGAUCAUGUAGUCUCUGUUAUUGGUGGUAGCAGUCCUCCCGUUGCUGUCGAGCAAGGUCAUGUUGAGGUGAAAAACAAAGUGAGCUUAGACCCACUUGCACUGGCUGAAGAUAUGCUACAAAACGAAGACGGGAAGAGCAUCUUAACAACAUCAAAAGUGAUGCAGUUGUCUUCAAAAGGUAAGAGGAGGAGUAUCUUUGCGGGUUACUCGUUCUUACUGCUAUGCCAAGACCCUGAAGACCAACACAUGAUCAAGCCAAUGCUAAAGAACAUUCGUGGAGAGAGAGGUGGCGCCGAGGCCAUUGCAAUUGCUGCCAUUGAUUUCCCACGUUUAGAUCCCGAACAGUUUUCGUUUCUGAGUCAUGUAGUUGUGUGUACUGGUGUGGUGAUGAACGAGCAGGACGCACUCAAGAUGCAAGAACGUAUUCACCAAUUCCAGCGCAACCUACGAAAUACCGAUGAAGAUAACGCUGAGGUUGUUGAUAGACCUCAAAAGCGAAUGCGUCAUAACAGGAAGCCGCGGCAAAGGAUGUUGCAAUUUGUGUCGGAUUUGUGGGUCAACUGCUCGUUAGCUGCCAGGACAAAGCUUUCAUUCUCUUCACACAAACUAUUUGGAGUAAGUGCCAACUACCCGCGGGCUUUGUUCACGAACCCAGUGCCUCUACCAGGUUUUCAAGACGUGGUGGUCUCGACUUCCGUAUAUCGUGGCAUUGAACAGCUUGUGGUGGUUGAACUACUUCGGAUUGCUGGCGCAACUGUCACGACAACACUCAGCACGCAAAACACUCACUUGGUCUGCCUGAUACCUUUUGGUAUGAAGUACGAUAAGGCGACGAAGAGGGGGAUACAUGUCGUACGAGCGCGCUGGGUAGUAGAUAGCCUGGUAGCAGGCAAGCGUCUCAAUGAAGAGAUCUCGGAUUUUCAAGUUGUUGAGGGUCAUGAAUCUAGUAGCUUUAUCCACAUUGUAAGCGAGAAUGCCACCCAGUCGGUAUCUCCUUUUCGUUCCGCUUCAAGUGAUGGGUAA